AUGUUGUUUCUGAUGUUCUCAAUUCUCGGUGUUGUCAUCGGAUGUAACGUUCGCCCGCUAGAUGUCAAAUGUGAUGAGGGAUGGACACCAGUUCAGAGAAAACUAAGCGGACGAUGUUUGAAAAUUGUGGAAACCACCAAUCAACCUGAUUGUUACAAUACGAAUGGUUGGUUCUCUGGAGUUGAGAGUUACGAUGAGCUGAACACAAUCAUGUCAAUGAUGAAGGCUGAAGAGAUAACAAUGGUAAGUGUUUGGGUAUCCAUAGAACAAAAUUGUGAUUGCUCGAAUGGAACAUGUCCCAUAACGGAAGAAUGUAAAAUACCAUCGGUCUGGAAUUGGAUUGAUGAAACUGUAACAGGAAGAGAAAUGUUUGAAGCCGUGAAACCACAGUUUUUGGAUCAAAAUAGAUACGGAACGUCCAUAGCUAUUUCCACUGAUAACGACACUGGGCUUAUUGAUGUUGAUUAUCUUCAUACUACGAUUUCGUAUUAUGUAUGCGGAAAGAAAUCCAACUGA